CAACAUCAUGAGCGCGAGGUAUAUUCUGCUGGGACUUCUGCUCAUCUGUGUCACUGCAGAUGAAGCAAAGAAUGCUGGACUCAUGAGAGAGCCCUCUUGUCCUGACAUGGAGAUUGUGGCGUGCCCCCUGAACCUCGCUCCUGUGUGCGGCAGCGAUGGAAACACUUACGCCAACGAGUGUACUCUCUGUGUCGAAAGACAAUUAACCAAGACGAACAUAUUGAUCGUAAAGGAGAAAAGUUGCUGAUCUGGAUGGCUGACUUCACCAAGAGGCCAAAUCAGGAACAGUCACAUCCUCUUUCCUAAACUGUCAUUGCAAUAAAAUUUGAAUUUCAG